AUGGUGGAGGCGCCGGCGCCGGCGGAUCUGAGCGCGGCGGCGCAGGUGAGCGCGCUGCCGCUGCAGGUGGAUCUCCUGCAGCUGCCGCCGGAGGUGCCCGCACCGGGGGCGCCCGCGCUGCGCGGCGUCCUCGACCGCCUCUUCGCGCACUGGCUGUCGCUCCCGGAUACCGCCGCGCUGCUCGCCAGCCUCGUGCACAAGGCCAAGGCCAGCGGCGGCGCCGCGGCGGCGAUGCUGCCCUCCAUGAUGCUGCAGGGGGGAGCCGCCGUGCCGCCGCUCUCCCCGAGGUCCCCGCGCCUCUCGCGGAGGCCCAGCAGCCUCGGCGCCGGCCCGCCCAACCGCUCCGCGUCGCCGCUCCGCCCGCCAGCCGCGCGCCCCGCCAAGGAGGUCAUUCCGCAGUUUUAUUUUCAAGAUGGACGGCCACCGCCGUACGAGGUGAAGAAGCAAUGCAUAUCGACAGUUGAUCAGCUCUUCGCCGGCCACUCAAAUGGUCUUCGGGCUCCAGAAUUUCGGAUGGUUACCAGGGAACUCUGCAAACUACCGACAUUCUUUACCACUGUUCUUUUCGACAAGAUAGACAAGGAGAGCACGGGAUUCGUGACAAGGGAUGCCUUCAUUGAUUUCUGGGUGAAUAGCAAUUUGAUGAGUAUGGAUAGUGCAACCCAAGUGUUCACAAUUCUGAAGCAGCAGAAUCGCAACUACCUCACAAAGGAGGAUUUUAAACCAAUUCUGAAAGACCUUUUGGACAACCAUCCUGGUCUGGAGUUCUUGAAGAGUACACCUGAAUUUCAAGAAAGAUAUGCUGAGACUGUCGUAUAUAGAAUAUUCUAUUCCUUGAAUCGAAUUGGGAGUGGACAUCUGACACUUAGAGAGCUGAAGCGUGGAAAUCUACUCAGUGCGCUCAGGCAUGCUGAUGAUGAAGAGGAUAUCAAUAAAGUUUUAAGGUACUUCUCAUAUGAGCAUUUCUAUGUGAUAUAUUGCAAGUUCUGGGAACUGGACACAGACCACGACUUCUUUAUUGACAAAGAAAAUCUUAUUAAGUACGGAAACCAUGCACUGACAUAUAGGAUUGUAGAUAGAAUUUUUUCAGAGGUUCCUAGGAAAUUUACCAGUAAGGUUGAAGGGAAAAUGGGCUAUGAAGAUUUCGUCCAUUUUAUAUUGUCUGAAGAGGACAAAUCAUCAGCGCCAAGCCAAGAAUAUUGGUUCAAAUGUAUAGAUUUGGAUGGCAAUGGCAUACUUACACACAUUGAACUUCAGUUCUUCUUUGAGGAGCAACUUCAUCGCAUGGAGUGCAUGGCCCAGGAACCUGUUCUAUUUGAGGACAUCUUGUGUCAGCUCAUUGAUAUGAUUGGACCUGAGAAUGAUAGCUAUUUGACAUUGAAAGACUUCCGAAGGUGCAAACUGUCUGGGCAUUUCUUCAACAUUCUCUUUAAUCUGAACAAAUUUAUGGCAUUUGAAGCUAGGGAUCCAUUCCUUAUCCGCCAAAUGCGUGAAGAGCCAUCAUUAACAGACUGGGAUCGUUUUGCACGAAGAGAGUAUGUAAGAUUGGCGAUGGAAGAAGAUGGUGAAGAUGCUUCAAAUGCAAGUGGAGAUGUUUGGGAUGAGUCACUUGAAUCUCCUUUCUAG